AAGCCGUUGUUGCAGUGUUUCUGGACAUUGAAAAAGCUUAUGAUAUGCUUUGGAAGGAGGGGUUGCUUAUUGCACUUUAUGAUGCGGGAAUCAGAGGAAGAAUGUUUAACUGGAUUAAGAAUUUUUUAAGUGAUAGGACAAUUCAGGUAAGGGUGGGAGGGGAAUUAUCAGAGGAGUUUGGGGUAGAGAAUGGAACCCCUCAAGGAAGUGUUAUAAGCCCGGUCCUUUUUAAUAUACUAAUUAAUGGUAUGUUUAGUAGAGUGGGAAAAACAUUUCGGUUUUCACUGUUUGCAGAUGAUGGGGCCCUCUGGAAGAGAGGGAGGAACCUGUCAUAUGUAUUUGGCCAAAUUCAAAUUGCUUUGGAGAAGGUAUCUGAAUGGGCUAAUGAUUGGGGUUUUAAAAUAUCAAUAGAAAAAACUAAAUGCAUGGUAUUUGGAUAUAAGAAGGAAAUGCCAACACAGCUGAUACAAAUAUAUGAUACAACUAUUGAAAGAGUAAAACAUUUUAAAUUUUUGGGGAUAUGGUUAGAUGAAAGGUUGACAUGGAAAAAGCAUAUUGAGAUGGUUUCAUCUAAGUGUGGGAAAAUAAUUAAUGUUUUAAGGUGUGUGGCUGGGGCUGAGUGGGGGGCUGAUAGUGACACUAUGAUGAUGAUAUAUAGAGCAAUGAUCAGAUCAACUAUUGAUUAUGGGUGUAUGGUAUAUGGGACAGCAGCCCCUUCAGUGAUUAACCAACUUGAUGUAAUCCAAGCAAAAGCUCUUAGAGUGUGUAGUGGGGCGUUUCGCACAACGCCAAUAUCUGCGCUAUUAAUAGAAUCAGGGGAGAUGCCAUUGGCUAUAAGAAGACGUAAACUUGGGUUGAAGUAUCUAAUGAAAUUAAAAGGACAAACUGGGAAAUUACCGGUAAAAAACCUACUGAGACAGCAUUGGGAGUUUAUGGGAACAGCAAGAUUGGUUAAAACAAACUUUGUAGAAACACUUAAAUCUAUGGCAGAAGACAUUGGUAUUGGGAAUUUAAAUGUAUGUCCACCAGUAUGUCGUUCAGAUGUACCUUUAUGGUUGAUUCCAGAUCCCAUUGUUGAUUUAUAUUUUAUGAAAACAAGAAAAAGAAAGAUGUCAGCGGAUGUAGUGGAGGAGAUAAAAGCUCGGCAGAGUCACAUAUGGGGAGGCUGUCUACAAAUUUAUACUGACGGAUCAAAGGAUCCUGAGAGCGGUAAAGUGGCUUUUGGUAUUAGUAUACCUGAAAUAGGGUAUAAAAAAGGAUGGAGGAUUUCAGAUCGCUUAUCAGUGUUUACUGCAGAGUUGGUGGCUGUUCUAUGGGCAUUAAGGUGGGUUGAAGAUAACAAACAGGAACACUCUGUCAUAUGUAGUGAUUCAGCCGCAUCCCUGCUUACAAUUAAAGGUACCAAAACUAAAUCCAGGCCAGAUGUGCUUGUGGAGAUUAUGCAGGUGGUGUAUAGACUUCAUAAAGCAGGGUAUGAGGUGGGGUUUAUGUGGGUUCCGGCGCACAUGGGUGUGGAAGGUAAUGAGGAGGCAGAUGAGGUGGCAAAGAAAGCAGUGCAGGAGGAAAGAGUUCAAAUUAAUGUGCAGUAUGGGUCACCAGACUACACUGAAAUAAUUAAUAGGUCAGUAAAAGAAAUGUGGCAAAAUUCAUGGGAUUGUGAAAAGAAGGGGAGAACGUAUUAUGCAGUACAAAGAAUGGUAGAGAAAGAAAUAUGGGGUUAUAGAUGUAAGAGAAGAGAUGCAGUAGUUUUAUCCAGAUUGAGGCUUGGACACUGUGGACUGAGGAGUGGGCUGGCUCUGAUUGGUAAACAUCCUGAUGGAAAGUGUGAAUGUGGGGACAAGGAAACAGUGAAGCAUAUAUUAGUGCAGUGCAGGAAGUACUCUCGGCAGAGGAAGAAAUUGUUUAGAGAACUGGGUGCAACUGGAGAAACUGUUUUUACUGUGUGCUCUUUAUUGAAUUUGGAUAGUUGGAGUAAAGGGAAGAAACUGAUGGAGUACCUGCGACAUAUUGGAGUAUAUAAUAAGAUGUAGUUAAUUAUACUUAUUUCUACUUGAGAUGUGGAUAGUGGGUAGACACCAGAGGAGGGCAGCAAUACGCCAUAGAUGCGUCUAGCCUGCCGGAAAUAAGAAGAAGAAGAAGAAGACUCCAGAACCCGUAACUUGAACGUUGAACAACCACGAGGAGAGGAGGAAUUGAGUUGUAUCGAUAAUAUUAUUAAAAAUCUAGCUACUGUUGGAUGCUGUGAAGAGGUGGAGCCCAAAUUCAACUGAAUCAGAAAUUUAUGCGGCUAUGGCGGAACACUUGAAACAUGCUCCAGGAAGAGCUGGGGGUGGGAUUAUAACAAAUAACUUUUCUGGUGCAAAAGAUUUUGCAAAAAGAUGCUACACAAAGGGAUAUAUUUGUGACAGUAUUAUUGAACUGAACUAAAUUAACAGAAUUGAGCUAAAACUGAAUUUGUUUUGUAAUGAACACGUUUUUCCUGUUUCCCGGGUGAAUCUGUAUUGUAUAAACCGUAAAAUAAAUGUGAUUUGGAAUUUUGUGGCUUUUUAGUUCAUCCCGUUAUCUUUAUGAU